AUGGUAGCGGUUGGAGGCCUAUGGCUGUCGCUCAGCCGCCAUACCCUCGCUGUCACAUCACCACUCUACGGCCAGCAGACCUACCGCCCCAUCAACCCCUCCCUGCCUCCAGCGCACGCACCUCGUUGGGCUGAGAUGCCUCUUUCCUGCAUCGAGGAGAUCAUCGCGUCCGGCGCAGACUGCACCGGCUGGAAGAUGCCGCAGAAGUUCGACUUCACGUACACGUGGGCGAACCCGACCGACCCUAUCUACCGCCCCAACCAUAAGAGCGUGAAGGAGGCGUUGUUGAAGAGCAGGAUCGUCACGAACCCGGACGCCAGCAAGUGGCAUUAUCGUGACUACGACGAGUUGCGGCACUCCACGCGGAGCCUUCUCGACCACUUCCGUCCGUACGCCAAUCAGUUCACUAUCCUCGCGACCGACUUCCCUAGCGAUGGUCUCACGCCGUCUUCCCCGCAUCGCAUCGGGCAGAUGCCGCAGUGGCUUGACAUCGACCUCCCGCACGGCACCUCGCAGUGGAAGGACGGCGACAUCGAGCUGAAGAUCCAGUACCCGGCCGAGUACUUCGAUAAGUGCUAUGGCACGACUUUCAACUCGCUCGCUAUUGAGUCGCAGAUGGGCAACCUCUGA